AGCUGCAGAUCAGGAAUAGCCGCAGUUCCUACACGGGAUUAUUUUGAAGGCGCACAGGAGUAAUGGCAGCAUGCGGGACAGAAAAGGCACAGAGCGACGCUUCUGAUGAAACAAACGAGCCUGGCGCCGCUCCUUUUGGAAACUUCAUAAACUAUUAUACCUUCAACCCACCAGAGAACCGGCUGAGUCUCAUUCCGGCCACUCUCCUCCAAGAUCUGGGCUACAGAGACAGUCAGCAGACCACACUGAUGCUCGACGUGGGAUGUAACUCAGGGGAGCUGAGCGUGGCCUUGUACAAACACCUGGCGCAGCGGCCGCAGUGUGAGGCGGGCGGGCCGCUUCACCUGCUGGGCUUUGAUCUGGACGAGCAACUGGUGGAGCGAGCUCGGCGGAGCAACCCGCUGCCCCAGCACAUCUCCUUCAUUCCCCUGGACAUCACCAAGGACACCGAGAGCCAGAGGCAGCUGCGGGACUACGUCAGCCAGCACGGCUGCUCCCACUUCCACCUGUGUGUGUGCCUGGCUGUCACCAUGUGGGUGCACCUGAACCACGGAGACUCGGGCCUGCUGGAGCUGCUGUCCCGCCUGGCCUCCGUCAGCCAGCACCUCCUGCUGGAGGCGCAGCCCUGGAAGUGUUACCGCUCCGCCGCCCGCCGGCUCAGGAAGCUCGGCCGCUCCGACUUCGACCACUUCAAGAGCCUGAGGAUCCGCGGAGACAUGGCCGAGCGGGUCCGGGAGCACCUGGAGAGGAGCUGCGGCAUGGAGCUGAUGCGGAGCUUCGGCAGCACCGCCUGGGACCGCAAACUGAUGCUCUUCAGACGGAAGUGAGGAGGAUGUAUCGGUGUUUUCUGCCUAAGCAGCGGGCCAGGGGCUUCACAUGAACAGCCCGCUGUCUGAUAAAGCCGAACUAGAGCCCGACCAGUGACUGAUUUUUCAGGCCAACACUGAUAUUAAUAUCUAUUAGGAAAGAACAAUGACAAUAACAUAUUGGACAAUAUUUUUAUGCACAAAAGCAAACGCUGCUUAUGUGCUGGAGGCCUGAUAUUUUACUAUUAAAUUAUAAACCCUAACACAAUCCACAUACAUCUGCUCAGCUGUGACACACUCUUCUGCUCAAGUAUUACAUGGUAAAAUAAUAAUUUAACUGUAAUAAACCAAGAUUUUAUUUUGCUUUUUUGGUUUUGUUUCAGGUAAAAGGUAAUUACCUAUUCUAUGAUCAUUUCCACAGUAUUUUACUAUGGAUUGAAGAUAAAAAAAAAAAAAAAAAAAAAACCUUCCAGUGGAACCCAAUGCUUGUUAGUCCACAUAUCCUUGCAGACGACAGCAA